GGCGAGUGUGCCCCGCCACGACCCCGACGACGAGCAAGCCCUGUAGAUACCGACGACGAUGACCGAGAAAUCUUCAAAAUCGUCGAGCAGCAAGCUCAGCGCCAACGAACUGGACAUCAUCAAGACCAAGGAACCGCUGUUUGGUUUGAUGUCCAGGAAAGUCACUGGCGACCGUGUUAGGCUGGCCCUGGAGAGCGAUGUGAACUCGUUCACCAAGAGACCGCAUACCCCACAAUACAAAAAGAUUCUCGAGGCGCGUAAAAAGCUGCCUGUUUAUGCCCAAAUGGAUGAAUUCUUGACGAUGUUUAAUGAAAACCAAAUCAUUGUUAUGGUUGGCGAGACGGGCUCAGGAAAAACAACACAGAUCCCGCAAUUUGUAGCAUUUUCAGACCUUCCCCACACAAAAGGCAAAAUGGUGGCCUGCACGCAACCUCGACGAGUUGCUGCCAUGUCCGUUGCAAAACGUGUAGCAGACGAGAUGGACGUUGAGCUCGGUCGCCAUGUCGGUUACUCGAUUCGAUUCGAGGACAUGACUGAACCCGGUACCACAUUCCUCAAAUACAUGACCGAUGGUAUGCUUCUGCGUGAAGCCAUGAACGACCCGGAGUUGACCCGGUACAGCACCAUCAUCCUCGACGAAGCCCACGAACGUACACUCGCAACGGAUAUCUUGAUGGGUCUCCUCAAAAACGUGGCCAAGAAGCGCGCAGACCUCAAAAUCAUUGUCAUGUCUGCCACCCUCGACGCCCUCAAAUUCCAAAAGUACUUCAGCAUCCGCUCGAACACCCAGGCGCCGCUCUUCAAGGUCCCUGGUCGUACCCAUCCUGUCGAGGUCUUUUAUACGCAAGAGCCGGAACCAGACUACGUCGAGGCCGCUAUCCGCACGGUGUUGAUGAUCCACAGAGCUGAGGAACCCGGUGAUAUCCUCCUCUUCCUUACCGGUGAGGAGGAGAUCGAGGAUGCCUGUAGGAAGAUCAAGCUGGAGGCAGACGACCUGCUGAAUCAAGACCCUGACUCUGUCGGCCCCCUCGUCUGCAUUCCGCUGUAUUCGUCCCUUCCUCCUCAACAGCAGCAGCGGAUCUUCGACCCACCGCCACUAUCACAGUCUGGAGGUCCUCCAGGUCGGAAGGUGGUCGUUUCCACCAAUAUCGCCGAAACCAGUUUAACGAUCGACGGAAUCGUCUACGUCGUCGACCCCGGUUUCUCGAAGCAGAAGGUGUACAACCCCAGGAUCCGUGUGGAGAGUUUGCUCGUCUCGCCUAUUUCCAAGGCGAGCGCUCAGCAGCGUGCUGGUCGUGCUGGUCGAACGAGACCCGGAAAGUGCUUCCGUCUCUAUACCGAGAAGGACUUCAUGAAGGAGCUGGAGGAGCAGACGUACCCUGAGAUCCUUCGAAGCAACCUUGCCAACACCGUUCUCGAGCUGGUUAAGCUGGGUAUCAAGGAUCUCGUUCGGUUCGACUACGUUGAUGCACCCGCCCCUGAAACGCUCAUGCGAGCACUCGAGCUGCUCAAUUACCUCGCGGCUCUUGACGACGAUGGCAACCUGACUGCCCUCGGAAGCAUGAUGGCCGAUUUCCCUCUGGAUCCUCAGUUGGCCAAAAUGCUUAUCGUCAGCCCGGAGUUCCGAUGCAGCAAUGAAAUACUCACCAUCACCGCCAUGAUGUCAGUCCCCAACGUGUGGCUACGACCCGCUAACCAGCGUCGGGAAGCUGAUGCCGCGAAGGCCAGGCUCACGGUUCCUGAUGGAGACCACCUUACUCUUCUGAAUGUUUACAAUGAGUACAAGAACAAUCAGUAUGAUAAGAAUUGGGCCUGGAACAACUACCUCAACUCUCGAGCUCUGGCUCAAGCUGACAACGUUCGAAGUCAGUUAGAGCGGACGAUGGAGCGGUUCGAGAUUGCUAGUGUCUCGCUAGCCGACACGAAGAAACUCUAUGUUGCUAUCCGACAGGCGCUGGUCAACGGUUUCUUCAUGCAGGUGGCCCAUCGUGAGGGCGAGAAGGGCAACUACCUCACCGUCAAAGACAAUCAGGUUGUCGCCCUUCAUCCUUCUUGUGGAUUGGAAGGACAGCCGGAAUGGGUGCUGUUUAAUGAGUUCGUGCUAACGACUCGGCCGUACAUCCGGACGGUGACUGAGGUUAAGCCAGAAUGGCUCCUCGAGUAUGCACCCAUCUACUACGAUUUGAAGACGUGGCCGGAUUCCGAGACGAAGCGAGCUCUGCAGCGCGCUGCGAACAAGAAGUACGGCACGACAUAUUCCAACGCGAGCGGCAAGCGCAGUGGGAGCAGCAGUAAAUCUGGCACCCCAGAUGCCCGUGAGACCAAAAAGGCGAGGAAGUAG